CGACACCGACGCCGACGACGUGAGCACCACCCGCCCGACACCAUGGAAUCCCUCCGCUACCUUGGCUCGAUGGCCGGCCACAAGGGCUGGGUCACCGCCAUUGCCACGUCCUCCGAAAACCCCGACAUGAUCCUCACGGCGUCCCGGGACAAGACCAUCAUCGUCUGGCAGCUCACCCGUGACGAGGACCAGUACGGGUACCCCAAGCGCAUUCUCCACGGCCACAACCACUUCGUUUCGGACGUCGUCAUCUCCUCCGACGGCCAGUUCGCGCUCUCCUCCUCUUGGGACCACACGCUGCGCCUGUGGGAUCUUAACACCGGCCUGACCACCCGCCGCUUCGUUGGCCACACGUCGGACGUCCUCUCCGUCAGCUUCUCUGCAGACAACAGGCAAAUCGUUUCCGGCUCUCGCGACCGGACGAUCAAGCUCUGGAACACUCUUGGCGAGUGCAAGUACGACAUCAAGGAUGAUGGCCACACUGAGUGGGUGUCGUGCGUCCGCUUCAGCCCCAACGUCUUGAACCCCGUCAUUGUCUCCUGCGGUUGGGACAAGGUCGUCAAGGUUUGGGAGCUCUCGAAGUUCAAGCUGAAGACCAACCACUACGGUCACACCGGCUACAUCAACACCAUCUCCGUCUCCCCCGAUGGUUCGCUCGCGGCUUCCGGCGGAAAGGAUGGCAUCACCAUGCUCUGGGACCUGAACGAGGGCAAGCACCUCUACUCGCUCGAGGCCGGCGACAUUGUCAACGCUCUCGUGUUCUCGCCCAACCGUUACUGGUUGUGCGCGGCGACCGCGUCCUGCAUCAAGAUCUUCGAUCUUGAGAGCAAGUCGAUCGUCGAUGAGCUCAAGCCCGACUUCGCGCAAAGCUCGAAGGCGCGCGAGCCGGAGUGUGUCUCCAUCGCGUGGUCCGCCGACGGCCAGACCCUCUUCGGUGGCUUCACGGACGACCUCGUCCGUGUCUGGACCGUCGUGUCAUAAACCGUAUGACAGGUUCUUUUUCCUCCAUGCCACACCUCGUUGCACACAGAAAAGUGCAUGGCGCACUGUACUAGGUAGCGGGUCGCGAGAGGCGGGUUUAUGUGUACGCUCGUCGGGAUGUGUGUUUUCUUCGCGCUUUACUGCAUGUAGCUCAAAAUCUAAGCUUUGCUUUGCACACGCUGCCGACGACAUCUUCGAGAUCGAGGAGUGACUGCAGAGCUGUGUGUACGCGUUGUAGCUGUUGUAUAGAGCUUUCCUACUCCC